AUGGAGUAUGACACUAUCGUUAUUGGAGCGGGUGUAAUUGGACCCUGUAUUGCUACCGCCUUUGCUAGACAAGGACGAAAAGUUCUCAUUGUAGAAAGAGAUUGGUCUAAGCCAGACAGAAUAGUUGGGGAGUUGAUGCAACCAGCAGGAAUCAAGGCAUUGAGAGAAUUGGGAAUGGUGAAGGCUGUAAACAAUAUUGAAGCUAUUGAAUGUACUGGUUACUAUAUUCAAUAUUUCAACCAUUCGCUUAGUAUAGACUAUCCACUUAAGGAGGUUGCUCAAGUGACAAACCCAAUGAAACCAAUACACAAUGUUGCCAAUGCAGAAAAUGAAAAGUUAGAGCUGGACACGACUCUUGAUAUGAAGGCUUGGGAUGAAGAUGAGCGAGUUCGUGGUGUUGCGUUCCACCAUGGGGAUUUUUUGCAAAAUUUAAGAGCCAUAUGUAAGAAUGAACCAAAUGUAACUGCGGUAGAAGCUACAGUGACCGAGAUUUUGCGAGAUCAGGACGAUCCUGAUACUGUGAUUGGAGUUAGAGCCAAGAGCAAGCAAGACGGGGUUGUUAAUUAUAAUGGGAAGUUAGUUAUAAGUUGUGAUGGUAUCUAUUCAAAGUUUAGAAAGGAGUUGAGCCCGGACAAUGUACCUGUUAUUGGAUCGCACUUUGUGGGACUUUAUUUGAAGAAUGCCAAGUUACCUGCAAACAACAAAGGGCACGUUCUUUUGGGUAAACAUGCACCGGUAUUGAUUUAUCGGGUAUCACCCACUGAGACUCGAGUACUUUGUGCUUUUAGAUCCGCAAAAGCACCAUCUGCAGCAAACGACGAAAUAUACAAGACGUUGAAAAAUGAGGUUUUACCAGCAAUACCAAAGGAAACAGUGCCCUCAUUUGUAGAGGCUCUAGAAGAAAGGAAAUUUAGAGUUAUGCCUAACCAAUAUUUGUCAGCUAUGAAACAGGGGAAACAAAAUGGAUUUAUUCUUUUGGGGGACUCAUUGAACAUGAGACACCCAUUAACAGGUGGAGGUAUGACAGUAGGGCUCAACGAUGCAGUUUUAUUAGCAAAGUUGUUAAAUCCACAUAAUGUUGAAGACUUUUCUGAUCACCAAUUGAUCAACGAGAAGAUGUCGAUAUUCCACCGUAAGCGUAAGAAUUUGGAUGCAGUGAUCAAUACAUUGUCUAUUGCCUUGUAUUCGCUUUUUGCUGCUGAUAAAAACGCAUUGCAGAUUUUACAAAUGGGUUGUUUUGAGUAUUUCAAGAGAGGCGGAGAAUGUGUUUCGGGACCAAUUGGAUUACUUAGUGGUAUGUUACCAUUCCCCAUGCUAUUGUUUAAUCAUUUUUUCAGCGUUGCAUUUUACUCCAUUUAUGUUAAUUUCAAGAGGAGGGGACUAGUCGAGUUUCCAAUUGCCUUGUGGGAAGCAUUUGAUGUCCUUUUUACUGCUGUUGCCAUAUUUACUCCAUACUUGUGGGCUGAGGUUGUAAGAUAA